UAAUUUCGAGUGUAUUCAAGUACUCUGAAAGAAUCUAUUGUUUUGGUAUUCAUCAACUGAUUAGAUAUUUCAUAUUAAGUUUUGUGUAUCUAAGGCAUAAUUUUUUAUUUGCAGAUGGUUUCUGCUGUCUUAGAAACUACGAUUUCUUCACUGUAUAAACAAAAAUUAACAUCUGGGUUUGAUGUUUAGGAAAUGCUACCUUGCAGGCUGAUCUGCUGAUCCAUUCGUCUUCCAUGUUUUGAAGAGAAGCUUUCAAGUUGGGAUGCCCGCGUGGGACAUGCAAGCCAUGGACUUCUUGCCCAUGUGUUCGAGCAUGCUGCUGGAGAGAUGUACCUUGCAGAAGCUGAACAGUUCUGAUGAUGACAGCGUGGACAGUGGUUCUUUACCGUGGGUGGAUGAGACGACAUUUGAAGAGUUGGAUGCCUACCUUCAUGAGAAUCCUCCAGGCUGGAGUCCAAGAUGCGAAUGCGAAGACAGCAGGCUGUCCUUGUGCUCUUUCUGUCUCUCCAAUUCCACAGACGGCUUCUUUUCACUUCCUGCUGAUGAUGCUAAUAGGCCGGAAUUAUUGACUGCAAACGAACCCGUCCAGGAUCCCAGUAAUUUCUUUUUCAUCGACCGUCUCCUGUAUCCGGAAAUGCGAGAGCGAGACGAUUUGGUAGUUUUGGGUGUAGACCUCCAAGCUUUGUCCUCUGCAGUCCUUUGCAACGAAGAGAAUCCAAAUCCUUCCUCUGGAAACAUUCCUUCUCGCCAACUACCGAAUUAUAAUAAGACUUUCAGUGUCGGCGGGCAGCAGGACUGCACGAGGCUGUUAACACCCAAUAAUAAGCAAGCAUGCAACUCAAACAGAGCAACAGCCCUGCAGGAAUGGUAUUCUACGCUCGGGCCUGUGACUUCCAAUGCCGCUACUUUCGGUGUAGCUCCGACUCCGAAAACGGCCCCACAGAGGCAACGCCGAGGUGGUGGCCGUAGGGGAACUGCUGUCCCAGAAGAGGAUAAAAUAUUUCCCUGCCCUUAUGCAGGCUGUGCUCGUGUCUAUUCCAAAAACUCUCAUUUACGUGCGCAUUUGCGCCGCCAUACAGGAGAGAAACCAUUCGUAUGCCAGUGGCCUGGCUGCAAAUGGCGCUUUUCAAGGUCGGAUGAACUUGCCCGCCAUAAGCGUUCUCACUCAGGUGUUAAACCAUACCAGUGUACUGUGUGUGGAAAGCGCUUUGGACGAUCUGACCAUCUCGCCAAACAUGUCCGCAUACAUAGGAAACAGGGGUAUGUGGUUCCCCCAAAAACGAAAUCAGUCAAAGUUCAAAUUUUAACCCCACGUGCAUGAAUGUACUGUUGUGUUUCGUAUCUUCCGUUUUUUCAGUUGCCAAAGUUAAAUAAAUUAUUUUUAUUGGA